UGAGGAACCAAAUCCUUGUUAUGUGUGUUACUCUGAUACUCUCUUUGGGAGUACAGAGACACAUCAUCAUACAAUCCCCAGCGGUCCACAUGGAUCAGGAGGGGCCCUCAAAUGUCAUCAGAGGGCCCCCAGAGGUCCAUAUGGAUCAGGAGGAGGGGAUUGUGGAACAGCCAGCAGAGAUUCCGAUGAUUUUUAGGAUCCUGUACCCAUGGGCUGUACCCAGGAAUACCAUCAGAGGGUCAGAGACCCCAAUGGGGGAGGAGCCCAGGAUUGUCAGAGGGCCCCCAGAGACCCCCAUGGAGGAGAAGAACAUGAAGACGGAGCAGCCAGCAGUGAUUCCGAUGAUUUUUAGGAUCCUGUACCCAUGGGCUGUACCCAGAAAUACCAUCAAAGAGACCCCAAUGGGGGAGGAGCCCAGGAAUGUCAGAGGGCCCCCAGAGACCCCCAUGGAGGAGAAGAACAUGAAGAAGAAGACGGAGCAGCCAGCAGAGAUUCCGAUGAUUUUUAGGAUCCUGUACCCAUGGGCUGUACCCAGAAAUACCAUCAAAGAGACCCCAAUGGGGGAGGAGCCCAGGAAUGUCAGAGGGCCCCCAGAGACCCCCAUGGAGGAGAAGAACAUGAAGACGGAGCAGCCAGCAGUGAUUCCGAUGAUUUUUAGGAUCCUGUACCCAUGGGCUGUACCCAGAAAUACCAUCAAAGAGACCCCAAUGGGGGAGGAGCCCAGGAAUGUCAGAGGGCCCCCAGAGACCCCCAUGGAGGAGAAAAACAUGAAGAGGACGGAGCAGCCAGUGGAGGAAACAGUCAGUGGAACUGAACAUGUCCCUCCAGAACCCAUCAGCUGGUUUAUAUUCCUGACCCGUCCUCCAGUCUGGUUUAGUUUGGCCGUCCUGAUGUGUUUUCUGAUUGUGAAAUACAUCCUGCGCCAAUAUCACCUGGCCAGAAUAUUAGGAAGUUUUAUGAUGUUCCAGGAGCUGAUCGGAAUGAUUUAUUUACUUAUCGAUAUCUGGAACAGACGGGGGCCAAUCUUUGAGAACAUAAUUCUACCCAUCUAUAUAAAUGAUGGAGUUUGGCAUCAGCGGGUGGUCACCGGGCUCUGGUCAGUCUGGUCCAAGGGGUGUGUGGCCCUAGACAACACAGUGCCACCCGUACUUAUAGCAAUUGUUACUGAGCACCGGUCAGAAUGCAUUCUGGGCGUUAUCACCAUGCUGGUGGUGCUGCUCCUAAUAUACUUAAAGCCAUUCUACCGACUGCGCCGACCAACAAGUAGCAACAUCACCCCACCACCGAGCGGCGCCCUUCCACCACCGAGCGGCGCCCUUCCACCACCGAGCGGCGCACUUCAACCAUCGAGCGGCGCCCUUCCACCGACGAGUGACACCAUUUCACCACCGAGUCACGCCCUUCCACCAACGAGCGACACCAUUUCACCACCGAGUCACGCCCUUCCACCACCGAGCGGCGCCCUUCCACCAACGAGUGACGCCAUUCCACCACCGAGUGGCGCCCUUCCACCACCGAGUGGCGCCCUUCCACCACCAAGCGGCGCCCUUCCACCACCGAGUGGCGCCCUUCCACCACCGAGUGGCGCCCUUCCACCACCAAGCGGCGCCCUUCCACCACCAAGCGGCGCCCUUCCACCACCAAGCGGCGCCCUUCCACCACCGAGUCGCGCCCUUCCACCACCGAGUGGUGCCCUUCCACCAACGAGUGACACCAUUUCACCACCGAGCGGCACCCUUCCCCCACCGAGUGACACCAUUUCACCACCGAGCGGCGCCCUUCCACCACCGAGCGGCGCCCUUCCACCAACGAGUGACACCAUUUCACCACCGAGUCACGCCCUUCCACCACCGAGUGAAAAUGCAGCAAGCGCAAUGGAGGAGACGGCCUUUCCCAUCCCCAGCGUAGCACCUACCAGGAACAACACUAGGCCAUGGAGUGAUAGGAUCCUUCCAACCGAAUACAGGCCCCCAGCAAUAAAUUCCGGCCUUGGCCCACGAUCGAAAACAUUAACUGAACAUCCCAGCGUCGCACGUCAUAGGGAAAAUGAGGCCAGAGCUAUGAAAGAGACUGCUGUUCCUGUUUCCAGAGUCAAACCUCCUCGAGCUUCCUUUAGUGCUAGGCUAAGCAAGCGUACAAAGAAGCUCAAAUCAAAAAUGGUGUCCGGGCACAGGAAGAUCUUCCCACGAAAGAGUGACAUCCCACCGAGUGAUGUCAUCAUUUCACCAACAACUCCAACUCUCACCCCCCUUCUUCCUCCAACCUCCCUUCACCUGGACGUAGAGAUGUGGGGGUUCCCCCGAUCCCUCUGCCCCCUUUGCCUGAAAGAUGAAGGGUGGGGGUUCCCCCCAUCCCUCAUCCCCCUUCGUCGUCAACUCUAUUUUCCCCCGGAAGGGCUGUGGGGGUUCCCCGAACUCUUCACCGAGUGAAAAUGCAGCAAGCGCAAUGGAGGCAUUGGGGGUAGAUAGAGAUGGAGAGAGAAGGAGAGGGAAAG